UACAUUCUUGUUAAGUUGUUAAAGAUUGACUCUUCUUUCAUGAUUGUCAUCAGAACUUUGGUUUUAUUUUCUAGCACCGGUACACCAAGGACAAGCCCUCAAACUACACCACUGUGUAUGAGACUCCUCUGAUGAUGCAAGCCUCAAACGUCUCAAAGAUGCAGAGUGAUAUUCCUUACAAAAGGGAAGUAAAGGAGAAUACAGGCAGCUUCUUCCAAGUCCAAGACACGCCAACGUACCAGCACCAUCUGCAGCUUACUAAGUAUGAGAGUGAUCAUAGGUACAAAGAUGAGGCAAAGUUCAUCAUGGAAAAAGGACACAGUCAGUACCCCUUCACUCCUGAGAUGUCCAGGGUGGAAGGUGCUGAAAAGAUCAAGUCUGAGCGUUUGUACAAGGAAAACUAUGAGAAGUGGAAGUCCAGGUACAACAUGGGUGUUGAUGAUCCCAAGAUUGUUCAUGCCAAGGAGGUGGCUUCUCUGCAGAGCGAGAACAGGUACAAGGAGCAGUAUGAGAAGGACAAAGAACAGGGGAAGUCCCUCACUGUGGAUUCUGUGAACAUCCAGAGAGCCAAAGAUGCCAUGGAGAUGGCAAGUGAGAUUAAGUAUAUGAGGGAAGCUCAGAAAGUGGCACAGAAGACACCGUUCAAUGCAGUGGAGUCUUUGACUUACAUGACAGCCAAAGCAGUGUCAAACCUCAACAGUCAGCUGAACUACACAGCAAAGCUUCGUGAGGCUUUAAGUCAGUACCAGCUCACAGCUGACAUCCCUGCUAUCAAGGAGGCAAGGAGGGCACAGCAGAUUCAAAGCCAGCAUAACUACACUAAAGACAAGCCAACGAAGUACACCACUGUUCCUGAUACUCCACUAAUGCUGCAAGCCUCCAACGUUGCAAAGCUGCAAAGCGAUAUUCCUUACAAGAAGGAAGUAAAGGAGAGUACAGGCAAGUUCUUCCCAGUCCAAGACACCCCGACAUACCAGCAUAUGCUGGAGCUAACCAAGUAUGAGAGUGACCAUAAGUACAAAGAUGAGGCUAAGUUUAUCAUGCAGAAGGGACACAGUCAGUACCCCUUCACUCCUGAGAUGACUCUGGUGGAAGAUGCAGAAAAGAUCAAAUCACAGCGCUUGUACAAGGAAAACUAUGAGAAGUGGAAGUCCAGGUACACCAUGCAGGUCGACGACCCCCAGAUUGUCCAUGCCAAAGAGGUGGCUUCUUUACAGAGCGAGAACAAGUACAAGGAGCAGUAUGAGAAGGACAAAGAACAGGGGAAGUCCCUCACUGUGGAUUCUGUGAACAUCCAGAGAGCCAAAGAUGCCAUGGAAAUGGCAAGUGAGAUCAACUAUAUCAAGGAGGCCAAGAAAGUGGCUCAAAGGAACACCCAUGGUGCUGUGGACUCCUUGGGCUACCUGACAGCUAAAGCAGUUUCCAACCUCACCAGCCAGGUGAAGUACACAGAGAAGCUCCGUGAGGCUCUGACCCAGUACCAGGUCACACCAGACAUGCCUGCCAUUCUGGAGGCACGGAGAGUGCAGCAGAUACAGAGUCAGCACAACUACACUAAGGACAAGCCGACAAAGUACACCACUGUGUAUGACACUCCGCUGAUGCUGCAAGCUUCCAACGUUGCAAAACUGCAAAGUGAUAUUCCCUACAAGAAGGAAGUGAAGGAGAGUACAGGCAAGUUCUUCCCUGUCCAAGUCACCCCGACAUACCAGCACCAACUUGAGCUCACCAAAUAUGAGAGCGACCACAAGUACAAGGAUGAGGCAAAGUUCAUCAUGGAAAAGGGACACAGUCAGUACCCCUUCACUCCUGAGAUGACUCUGGUGGAAGAUGCAGAAAAGAUCAAAUCACAGCGCUUGUACAAGGAAAACUAUGAGAAGUGGAAGUCCAGGUACACCAUGCAGGUCGACGACCCCCAGAUUGUCCAUGCCAAGGAGGUGGCUACACUUCAGAGUGAGAACAAGUACAAGGAGCAGUAUGAGAAGGACAAAGAACAGGGGAAGUCCCUCACUGUGGAUUCUGUGAACAUCCAGAGAGCCAAAGAUGCCAUGGAGAUGGCGAGUGAGAUCAACUACGUCAAGGAGGCAAAGAAAGGUGCUCAGAAGAACACACAUGGCGCUGUGGACUCCUUGAGCUAUCUGACAGCUAAAGCAGUAUCCAACCUCACCAGUCAGGUGAAGUACACCGAGAAGCUGCAUGAGGCCCUUACACAUUACCACAUCACCGCUGACAUGCCUGCCAUCCACGAUGCCAGAAGGGCUCAGGAGAUACAGAGCCAGCAUAACUAUACCAAGGACAGACCCACAAGCUAUACCACUGUGUAUGAGACUCCUCUUAUGAAGCAAGCAGAGCUGGUAGCCAAGCUGCAAAGUGAUAUUCCAUACAAGAAGGAUGUGAGGGAAGCUGAAGUGAAGCAGUUCCCUGUCCACGACACUCCAACCUAUGAGCACAUGCUGCAGCUCACCAAGUACCAGAGUGACCGUGUCUACAAGGACGACGCCAAAUACAUUAUGGAGAAAGGACACAGUCAGUACCCCUUCACUCCUGAGAUUUCAAGAGUGGAAGAUGCUGAAAAAGUCAAGUCUGAGCGUCUGACAAGGAAAACUAUGAGAAGUGGAAGUCCAGGUACACCAUGCUUGUGGAUGAUCCACAGAUUGUCCAUGCUAGAGAUGUGGCUUUGCUGCAGAGUGAGAACAAGUACAAGGAGCAGUAUGAGAAGGACAAAGAACAGGGGAAGUCCCUCACUGUGGAUUCUGUGAACAUCCAGAGAGCCAAAGAUGCCAUGGAGAUGGCAAGUGAGAUCAAUUACGUCAAAGAAGCGCGAAAGGAGGCACAGAGAAAGCCGUUCAGUGCUGUGGACUCAUUGACAUACUUGACAGCUAAGGCUGUUUCAGAACUGAAUAGU